CGCAAUGCGUUGGCGUCCAGUUUACAUGUAGCAGUGUUUUGCUAACUAGCUAGCUAGUUUUUAUAGUGCGGUAAUUUAUUAUGUGGUUUAUUUAGUGAGACUUCAGUGUAGUCCAUGUACCGUUUGCGGCAUGGUUUGAUGAGAGUAGCGUUAUUUAGUCUGUGUUCUUCUGUUACAGUAAAGUCUCCCUGCAGAGGAGUUUCUCUUAUAAACAAGAUGCCAAAGAAGGACAAAACGAGCAAAGACUCUCAGGCGAAGAAGCAGCCUGAAACGCCGACCGGUCCAGUUUCCACGCUUAAAGACGGCGGACUUGCAAUAUCAAUACACGCCAAGCCUGGAGCAAAGCAAAAUGCCGUCACCGAUGUGAGCUCGGAGGCAGUGGGGGUCGCUAUUGCUGCACCUCCCACAGACGGCGAGGCCAACGCGGAGCUCGUGCGCUAUCUGUGCAAAGUGCUGGUGCUGAAGAAGAGUGAGGUCACGCUGGAUAAGGGCAGUAAAUCCAGAGAAAAAGUCAUUAAAGUCACUGCAUCCAUUAGUCAAGAGGAGGUUCUGGAGAGACUAAAGCGAGAAGCUGCUGGCUGAAGCUCAGUACCAAUGCAAGAGUUCUCAGACGUUUUGUACCACGGGACACUUUUUAUUUUAAAAUAAAUUCUACUGAUCCUCUAAUGACAUUCAUUUUAUGAAUAUUAUUUAAAUGUGUACAGUAAAUUAUAUGAAAUCGAAAAUAUUCGAUUUCUGAAAUUUUCACUGACAGGACACAUUAGGUUCACAUUAUUUUGGCAGACUUGUUUUUGAGUUUUGUAAACCGCUUUAUAAUGUAAUGUAAUAGAUGACUGUUAUAUAACUUAUAUAAUAUCAGACACUAUAUAACCAGAACUGUGAAGACACCUGACCAUCACACCCAUGUGUGGUUCUUCCUCAUACUGUUGUCACAAUGUUGGAAGCAAACAGUUGUCUUUCUAUGCUGGAGCAUUACAAUUUCCCUUUAUCAGGGAACUAAGGGGCCCAACCUGUUCCUGCAUGACAGUGUCACUGUGUGUAAAGCGAGGACCUUAUAUGUGGUUUGUCAAGUUUGGACUGGAAGAACACAAAUGACCUGCUCAGAGCCCUGACCUCAACCCCACUGAGUGCCACUGGGAUAAACUGAAAUUCAGACUGUACUGCAUGCCUCCUCACCCAACAGCAGUGUGUGAACUCAGUACUGCUUAGGCAAAUCCCAACUGCCAUACUCCAAAAUAUUUCUGGAAGAGUUUUAUUAUAACAUCAAAAAGUGGAAAGUGGAAAAAGCAUACAAGGGUGUGAAGGGACGGUGUCAGCAAAUAUUUAGCCAUAGUGUACAUUUGGUAAUGGUAGCUUGUGAUUUCCAUGACUAGUAACCAGAAAACAACAACAAAAACAAAUCACUGACUCCCUGACUAUGCUGCACAGACCCCACUUUGAGAUCCAUUGCACUAUUUUUGUUUUCUGUUGGGGUGAAUAUUUAUACUGUAUUUUAAUACAAAAAGACACAGCUUCCAGUUCCAUGAUCCUAUAUGAAAUACCAUAAGCACACUUAACAAAAGGUAUGAUGGCAGGUGUACAAUAUAGAUAGUACUUUAUACUAUCUAUACUAUCGUUGUAUUUAAAUGCUUAUGCCGCUCCAUACAAAAGCAGCUUCAUAUUCCAGUAUUCCAACCAAAUGAAUGACUUGAUUGAUGGAAUCCUGUUUCAUCUCCUUCCAAUUCCUGUAACAGUCUCAGUGUUUCUGUCUGUGAGCAAUGUAUUUGUUAAGGAUGAGCAUAAUGAGUACUUCUAUUAGACACUUUCCAUUAAGACCCAUCACUUUAUCACCUGAUUUACAGGGUUUGUUGUAGUGUUCCUUUUCAGAGCAUGGUCCAAAUGUAUUAAGUGUAAUUAGUGCAGAUACUACACAAGCUACCUUUAAGUAGCCAUAAAACAAAAACAGUUAACAUGAUUUAUAUUGUUUUAUGCGUUUUAUCUUUAAAGCAGUGUAUUUUGAACAUAUCCUCGGUCCAGCAGCUUCCAAAAUAGUUUUACUUUCUAAU